ACAGGUAUAUGCCAUCAUAUCUGGCUUCAUUAAACUUCUAAAUAUAUGCUCAGUUCCUGUACACUAUCUCCUGUAUGAUAUUCAAAGGAUAUUUCAUUAGCUUCUUGCCCUCUUUUACUUACUAAUUUGCUUAAACUAUCACACUUCAGCCGAGUAUCCCAAAGUUCCAAAGAAACUACUUUUCUCUCUACUAUGUACUAGCUCCAUUUCUUCCCAUAUGCCAUCAUAGCCAAAAGAAACAAGCAGUGAUUAUUGGCCCCAUUCUGCAGUAGUGAGACAAGCUGGGCGCUCUUCCGGGAAUGAAGGUUUAAAACUCGAACACGAGGCUCCGGUAUUCGCCGCUGCCCUAGCGCCCUCUUGUGGCAGGAUUAGCUUUGAGGACUACAUCUCCCAGUAGACCCCGCGAUCCUGCGCAUGCCCAGAAUCAGGGCGCCGCACGAACUGCUAAGCCAAAGCGGGGAGUAGGCGACCUGCAGCUGCUGACAGCACUGUCCGGGAAAUGCCAGGACUGAGCCAGGGAUUAAUGGUGCUUGGGACCCCGCGAGUUGGAGGUGACCUCGAUUUAGAAACCUUAAGAUGACAGCCUGAGCCUGUAUUCCAGCCAUGGAGUUCCUGACAGCCUCCCAGCCCCCCUCAGAGCCUCCAGCCACAGACUUGGAGGCUCUGGAGCCCGCAGAGGAAGCCGCCCCUGAGAGCCCGUGGGACGUGCUGCCUGCAGGCCCCGGCAGCCUGACUGAGAUGGAACUCGAGGGAUCAAGCCUCCAGGAUUUGGUGCGACAAUUCGAGGCUCUGCCUGGCGACUUGGGCCUGUCUUCAGAUAGCAGCCCCUGCCCACUACAUAUAGCUACAGGCCAUGGCCUGGCGCCCCAGGAAGUGGCCGCUGCCCCCGGGCUACUGUCUACCGAGGCCGGCCGGGAUGACCUGCUGAGCCUGCUUCGGUGUGAGGAAUGCCCCCCUCCCGAGCCCUGCCCCCACCGGCCCCCGGAGCCAGCGCCUCGUCUCCUGCAGCCCCCUGAGGACCCCAGUGUGGAGCCUGCAUCCUCUGACUGGGCAGAGCAGGAUGACAGCAGGAGCUUGGGCAGCUCCCCUGAGCCGUGGCCAGAGAUGGCUCCUCUGGUGACACCUGAAAAGCCACCACCGGCUGGUGCCCAGAGUCCUGAGACCCUGGCUUCAUGCCCCGCCCUCCAGGAAGUCCCUGGGCCUUGUGACCACGAGGACCUCCUGGACGGCAUCCUAUUUGGGGCCAAGUACUUGGGCUCCACACAGCUGCUGUCCGAGCGGAACCCACCCCCCAGUGUGCGGAUGGCCCAGGCCCAGGAGGCCAUGGACCGCGUCAAGGCCCCUGACGGGGAGACACAGCCCAUGACGGAAGUGGACCUCUUCGUGUCCACCAAGAGGAUCAAGGUGCUCAUGGCCGACUCCCAGGAGGCCAUGAUGGACCACGCCCUGCAGACCAUCUCCUACAUCGCCGACAUCGGCCCUGUGCUGGUGCUCAUGGCCCGGCGGCGGCUAGCCCGGAAGCCCGGAACUCAGGACCGUGACCGCUGCCUGUACAAGAUGUUGUGCCAUGUCUUCCACUCAGAGGAUGCCCAGCUCAUUGCCCAGGCCAUUGGCCAGGCCUUCGCGGUGGCCUACAGCCAGUUCCUGUGCGACAGCGGCAUCGACCCGAGCCAGGUGGGCACGCGGCCUGGCCAGGGGGGUGCCAGGCCCGGCCACCUGCACAACGGCGACCUGGCUCACUUCUCCAACCAGGAGAAUUGCAGGGAGGUGCGCAUUGAGAAGCGGCGCGGAGAGGCCCUGGGCGUGGCGCUGGUGGAGUCGGGCUGGGGCUCGCUGCUGCCCACGGCCGUCAUCGCCAACCUGCUGCACGGAGGCCCGGCCGAGCGCUCGGGCGCGCUCAGCAUCGGGGACCGCGUCAUGGCCGUGAACGGGGCCAGCCUGGUGGGGCUGCCGCUCGCCGCGUGCCAGGCUGCCGUGCGUGAGAUGAAGCCACAGACGUCGGUGACGCUCAGCAUUGUGCACUGCCCGCCGGUCACCACGGCCAUCAUCCGCCGACUGCACUCGCGGGAGCAGCUGGGAUUUUGCGUGGAAGAUGGCAUUAUCUGCAAUCUUCUCCGCGGUGGCAUCGCUGAACGCGGGGGCAUCCGCGUGGGCCACCGCAUCAUCGAGAUCAACGGGCAGAGCGUGGUGGCCAUGCCGCACAACCGCAUCAUCGAGCUGCUCACGGAGGCCCACGACGAGGUACACAUCAAGACUAUGCCAGCCGCCACGUACCGCCUGCUCACAGGCCAGGAGCAGCCCGUGUACCUGUGAGGCUGCCCGCCCGCCCCUGCGCCACGCCUUAGCCCUGGGACUCCGCCCCUCCUGCUUUCUAAUGUAAGAUAUUAAAAGGCUUAUUCAGU